AUGGAUCCCCUCCCUCUCCCACGAGAAGUCGACCUCAACACGACCCCAAUAACCGCCCCAGACCCCCUCACCUUCGAAAACAAAAACAUCCUACACGUCCACCUGGAGAAACGCUACUCCACCAUCUCCAUCCCCUCCACCUACGGCCACCUCAACUCCGGACCCCCACCGGGCACAGUCGCAGGCAUCGUCCUCGGCAGCGUCGGCGGCGUCGUCCUAAUCCUCUACCUAACCUUCCUAGCCCUGAACCCGGGCGGUCUGGCGCGGGGUGGUUCCGCCUCCGUAGUCGACGAGGAAGUCGUCGUGCGCAGUCGGCGCUCUCCCUCGCGCCGGAGCGAUGUCAUCGAGGUCGUUGAGGAGCACGAUCGUCGUCGCGAUAGUUAUCGGCGACCUGCGUCGAGGAGGAAUCAUAUUUCUGUUGAGGAAUCCAUGACGGGGACGUCGCUGACGGAGAAUUCGGAUGUUGUGGAGGUUCUUGAGGAGGAGUCUUCGGGGUUGUCGUCUAUCUCGCCGUCGCAUCGGAGGGGAGGGCCUGGUGGGAGGGGUUAUCGGACGGUUGAUCCGCGUGAAUAUGGAGGUGGGAGCUCUUAUGAUGGGGAUAGUCAGUAUCGUUGA